GCGCCCGGCGGCCGCGCCUUCCCUCCGCCCCCCUCCUCCCCCGCCCCCGGCUGCGGCGGGCGAGGACAAGUCUAGGGCCGUAAAUAAAUAAAUAAUUCCAUUCACCCAGUGACGGCGAGGCGAACCGGCUGCGGCGGGGGGGGUGGGGGCGGGCUGGGGAUCGGAGAGCUGCGGCGCCCACCCCGUGCCAGAGACCGGGUAAAGAAGCUUCAGCCACCUGGUGAGCAGAGGAAUAAGGGAGCUUAUCUUGGUGAAAUGGAAGACCAUGUUACUUCAUGUCUCUGGCUGGGUUGAUUCACCUUGCUCUGGAAAUACAGAGUCUGCUCUACUCUCCCCUUUGCAUUGCCUUCACAUAUCACUUCAAGGAAUAGUGACUAGGCUUAAAAAUUCCACGGAUAAUCCAAAUAAAUCUGUUCAAUUUGGCAUCUAUCAACAGGUUAUUUGAAUUUCAAAUAGAGGAGCAGACAUGCCACCCCCAGCAGGUGCCCCACUGCAUCCACCUCCUGAUGGAGGAUGGGGCUGGGUAGUGGUUGGAGCAUCUUUUAUCUCCAUUGGAUUUUCAUAUGCGUUCCCCAAAGCAGUCACGGUGUUCUUCAAAGAAAUUCAGCAAAUAUUCAACACUACCUACAGUGAGAUCGCCUGGAUAUCAUCCAUUAUGCUGGCUGUUAUGUAUGCAGGAGGUCCCAUAAGUAGUGUUCUGGUGAAUAAAUAUGGUAGCCGACCAGUAGUGAUGAUAGGAGGUUUAUUAUGCUGCUUGGGAAUGGUCACAGCCUCUUUUAGUACCAGCGUAAUAGAGCUCUACCUCACUGUGGGAUUCAUUACCGGUUUAGGUUUAGCGUUCAACCUGCAACCCGCCCUAACAAUCAUUGGCAAAUACUUCUACAAGAAACGACCCAUGGCUAAUGGCCUCGCCAUGGCAGGAAGUCCUGUUUUCUUAAGCACAUUGGCUCCUUUCAAUCAGUACCUUUUUAAUACUUUUGGUUGGAAAGGAAGCUUUUUGAUUUUAGGAGGCUUAUUGUUGAAUGCUUGUGUGGCUGGAUCCCUCAUGAGACCCGUUGAACCCAAACAAGCUACGAAGAAGUCUAAAAAUAAGAUUGGCAUAAAAGAGAAUGACCCAGAUGUGAAGAAAAGCCAUAGGAAGAAAUCAAGAUGGGAAAGAGUUAAUAAGUAUUUAGAUUUCUCCCUUUUUAAGCAUAGGGGAUUUCUGAUAUACUUAUCUGGAAAUGUCAUUAUGUUUCUAGGGUUUUUUGCCCCCAUUAUAUUCUUGGCUCCAUAUGCCAAAGACAAGGGAAUUGAUGAGUAUUCUGCAGCUUUCUUGCUGUCUAUUAUGGCUUUUGUUGAUAUGUUUGCUAGACCUUGUGGAGGAAUCGUUGCAAACUCCAAAUUUAUCCGACCCCGAAUCCAGUACUUCUUCAGUUUUGCAGUCAUGUUCAAUGGAGUGUGUCAUCUCCUGUGCCCGUUGGCAGAGGACUACACAAGCCUGGUGUUGUAUGCUGUGUUUUUUGGUCUCGGAUUUGGGAGUGUUAGCAGUGUCCUCUUUGAAACGCUCAUGGACCUGGUUGGCCCUCAGAGGUUUUCCAGCGCUGUGGGACUCGUCACAGUGGUGGAGUGUUGCCCUGUUCUUCUUGGCCCUCCUCUUGCUGGUAAAUUGGUGGAUCAAACUGGACAAUAUAAAUACAUGUAUAUGGCCUGUGGAGCUAUUGUGUUCCUAUCAAGUGUGUGGCUACUUAUCGGCAAUGCUAUAAACUACAGAUUGCUUGCAAAGGAAAAGAAGCUGGGAGAAGCAAGGAAGAAGAAAAUGAGUUCACCUGAGUCCAAAGAAUCUGAACCUUUGAACAAAUCUAAACAUCAUGAUGUCAGCAUCAAAAGUACAAGAACAGAGAAUAAUCCCUCAGAAAGAGAAACUAAUAUUUAAUAAGAAUCACAUCUCUGAUUUCAGUGUUUAUGACUUUCUUAGGAGUAUUUUUUUUUUCAAAACAUUGGAAAGGUUUUUACUUGAAAUGAGAAGUCAUAAUUAAGGAUGGAAGUGAGAUUUUCCUCAAUGGCAAAUUUUUAUAAGUUUGUUUUUUAAAACUUGUUUGGGUAGUUAAAAUUUGAGGUUAUGCCUAUAAAGAAUCCAUGCAAUGGGUUUAUUUCCAUACGUGACUCUGGUUGUGGUGGUUAGAGUAAUUGUAGAGUCUUCCAGUGACUUCUGGUCUUGGUUAUAGAGAUCUGAAUCCCAAAUCCCUGGUUUAAAUAGCGAGAAGGAAUAUGUUUAAUCAAAUAAGAAUACCCUGUCUAGAUUUUAGUUUUCAGUGUUAGAUGGAAUUGAAGGAAAAUGAAUUUUCUUCUAAUGUGCACAUGCACACACACACACUCACCUGUAUUUACACACAUGCGCACAGAGUAUCUAGAGGACAAAAGACAAAUAGGUUCAGAAAGAAUAUUAUCACUAUACUUUUUUUUUAACUUUAAAAACAAAUCCAUGGAGAGUGAAGAAAUGUAUUAGGUCUGCAUACUACUUUGUAGUGUAGAUUUUAAAUAUAAGAACAUGGGUGAAAUGAAGAUGAUCUUAAUUUGAAAACGCAACUAACUGCUGUAAAAAAAUAAAAGUAUUUGCAUAUAUAAAAUAAAUUUGAAAAAAAAAAACCAACCCUCCAUUUUAAACCAUUAUUUCUGAGUACUGUUAAAUUUGAUGAAUCCAUGCAUGUAGUUUCUUUGAGGAUGGCCAUUAGUACUUGGUGCUAGAGAAUAGAACCCUCAAACAAUUUUCAGAAUUCUUACUUAAUAUAUAAAUCAAAUUAAAAGCCUAAAUGAUUCUUAGCAAUGAGCUACGUUCAUUAAUUUUAAAAGGAUUUUAGUUGCUAAGCCAGAAAGUAAUAAGCAGGGAUUUCUUUUAAUCAGAACUCAAUCCAGACUCCCUGUCAUAGACUUCAAAAUGGAAUCUACCAGCAACCUGGUUGACAGACUGACAAAUAGGCCAAAUUCUAAUUUUUCCCAGUCAUGUAGCAGUGAUCAGAGAGUUACUGUUAUGAGUGACCCAUCUGAAUAAAGCUGACUAAGAGUGAGAGGUGCUUCUACUGAGGCCUCCAAGUUCUCCCAUUUUUAUCCCCUCGCCAAAAUGCAAAAGUGAAACAGAGAAACCCCAAUGGGCCUUUCACUCCACCACUGAGAUUCCUCACGUUGUGGGAAUGGCAGCUCUUCAAAAUCCCACCUACUCCCAGUCAGACUUCCUGCUGCCAGUGAACAUGACUAGGAGACUGUUAAAGGUUUCUAGAACUGGAAGCUGUAUGUUAGUUGGCAUAUACUUGUGAAGGGUAGGCAUAGUUUGUCAUACGAUAGUAAGAAGCUUGCAGCAUUGCGGGCUGGGUUAAUAUAACGGUUUCUCAUUUUCAUAGCGAUGUUAAAACAUCUGAGAAUCUGAAUCACCCUUGAGUAUGGAAGUAUAUGACAGUUACUGUGCGCUCAGAACUAUAAAUACAAUUUAGAGUAAUAAAGUACUUCUAAAGGAAGAAUUUGUGCCUUAUGGCUAAUGCGAUAAGUACUUAUAUUAAUAAAUCUAAAGUUUAAGCAUAUGAUUAAUAAAAAACAUUUAGUGCUUGAUUAUUGAAGCGAUGUUACAAAAUGAAUUUGCCGUUCUUUUUUUUUUAAUUGCUGUAGAGGCAGGUGCUAUUCUUGUUUCUUAUAAGAGUGCACCUAGACACCAAGCUUUUGUGAUAGUUAACAUUAGGGAUUUGAUUUGUAAAAUUUAUCCACUGGUUAAGCAUGGGGCUCAUAUUUAGGAAGCUAUAGAAAAUUCCACAUCUCAUUUAUCUUUUUUGCAGAUGAAGAGGUAUUUGUAUUUUUUAAAUAUUAAAUAAAACAACUUGUGCCAAUACGAUAGGUAGAUAAAUCAGGCAAAAUGUGGCAGUGUUUGGCUGUCUUUAAUUUAGUUUUGCCCAGUCUUGAGUCUUGAAUGAGCUGUUUUCAUUUUAUUAGUGCUUUUGUAUUCAACUCUGAUUCAUCGUAAGAAAUGCAACAUGAUAAAUUGUGUAGUGGCUGUCCAGUAUUAAAGAUUUCCAAAAACUGU